AUGCCAUACAGACAUUUACUCGCUCGAGCAACAGACCAACUACCCAUAUUCACUCGAUCGACUUCAACAUCGCAAAAAUGCAAUACACCAUCCUCCUCGUCCACAGCCGCCGCCCUUGUGGCUCCAGCUGUCGCACAGAAUGGUGUGCCAGAUGGCUACUCCUGGGCAGUCUCCGGCUGGAGCGCAGGCACCGCUCGCAGCGGCAGCUCGUACGACUUCAAUGCCACCGGGAUCAAGGAUGGCUAUCUUCCAGGCUUCAAGGCUUACUGCGGUGGCGAUGACGUCGGCUGCUUCAAAGACUGCACGCUCCCCGAGGGCGAGACCAACGAGGGGACCGGUCCGCCCUUCGUCUCUGCUAAGCUGCGCCCAAACCAGCAGGAUCAGAUUGCACAGGUUACGCUUAGCUUGAAGUUCCAGUGUGCUAGCUGUACGGAUCCGGCCACGUACAACUUCACCGGUACGCACGACGCCACUUACAACCAGUUCUCUCCUGACUUGUCAGCGUCGGAGUUUGAGGUUGUGGUGGAUGGUCUUACAGGUGUUGCUAAGUAG